AAGUGACUAGUCCCCCUUGUUUUUCUGCCAUUAUAGAUUAAGAAAGAUUGUGACUUGUUUUGUCAGAUAUGGGAGAAGAGUUUGCUAUGGUGGUUGUGAGUGUGAGAGAGUUCAACCCAAAUAAAGACAGAGAAAGAGUGGAAGGCGUUGAAAGAAUCUGUGAGGUUGGACCCAGUGGGAAGCUUUCCCUCUUCACUGACCUCCAAGGAGACCCAAUUUGCAGGGUCCGCAAUUCACCUACUUUCCUCAUGCUGGUAGCUGAGAUAGGUGAAGACAUAGUCGGAAUGAUAAGGGGUUGUAUCAAAACCGUUACAUGCGGAAAGAGGCUCUACAGACAAGGAAAAAACACCACCUUCACCCACACCAAUUCCACCACUAACAACAACAUUGAAACUAUUGAAGCCACUACCAAACAAGUCCCUGUGUACACAAAACUCGCCUACAUAUUAGGCCUCCGCGUUUCUCCUUCUCACAGGAGAAUGGGAAUAGGGUUGAAACUUGUGCAAGGAAUGGAGGAAUGGUUCAGAGAAAACGGAGCUGAGUACUCAUACAUAGCAACGGAAAAGGAUAACGUGGCAUCCGUUAAGCUCUUCAACGAAAAAUGCGGCUACUCAAAGUUCCGUACACCGUCGAUUCUUGUAAACCCUGUUUUCGCUCACCGAGUCAGGACCUCACCCAAGGUUACCGUUAUUCAGUUAACCCCAAAAGACGCUGAGUCACUCUACCGUAACCGAUUCGCCACCACCGAGUUCUUUCCCCGCGACAUUGACUCGGUCCUCAACAAUAACCUCAGCCUCGGCACUUUUCUCGCCGUCCCGACCGGCUCAUACCGGCCCGACACCUGGCCCGGUUCGGACCGGUUCCUUUCAGACCCACCGCAAUCCUGGGCCGUGGUCAGCGUUUGGAACUGCAAAGAUGUGUUCACGCUCGAGGUGAAGGGCGCGUCGCGCGUGAGGCGGGCUUUGGCUAAGACGACCCGGGUGCUGGACCGGGCUUUCCCUUGGCUUCGGUUGCCGUCGAUUCCAAACCUCUUCAGGCCGUUCGGGUUUCACUUUAUGUAUGGGCUUGGAGGGGAAGGCCCAGAGGGGUCGAAGAUGGUGAGUGCCCUUUGUGGGUUCGCGCAUAACCUCGCGAAGGACCGUGGGUGCGGGGUGGUUGCAACCGAAGUCUCGAGCCGCGAACCGCUCCGGUUCGGUAUACCGCACUGGAAGGUGCUAUCUUGUGAAGAGGAUUUAUGGUGCAUAAAGAGGCUUGGGGAAGAUUAUAGUGAUGGGUCGGUAGGGGAUUGGACCAAAUCUCCACCUGGAUUCUCAAUUUUUGUUGAUCCCAGAGAGUUCUAACUCUUAGCAUCAAACAUCAGCUAGAAAUUAGA